CUGUCUGUUGGCCACCGCGUUCAGUCCUCCUUCCCGCUUCACACCUUCCCCUGGCUCCAGAGCGCCACCACACACCUCCCUACUUCCUUUCGCCGCGCUUCUUGGAUGUGACUGGGUAUUAUCCGCAACCUAAGUCACGGGAAAACGGUCUGAGGAAAUUAAAUUGAGACGUGGAAUUAUCAGGAUUUUUUGUUUAAGUGAUAUAAGAUAGUAAAUAUUAUAUGAACCUACUGUUGACAUGACCAUACAGAGGAUAAGAAUCAUAGGUAAUCUACUGUAAUUCCUUGAUCCUAAACGCCAGCGCGGAAGAUUGUGAACGUAACGCGGAAGUAGAGUGCCCGUGUAACACCUGGCUGCUAGUAAUACCUUGGCACCAAGUAACACUUGUAUAUUCAUGGAAAACUUGCUUGUGGUGAAGCAGUGAUGUAGACUGUGAGAGUGAGGUGUGAACGACAGCGAGGCUCCAGUGCCAAGGGUGGUAGAGGUGAGGCUGGGGUGCUACACUGGCAAUAACGCUGGGAGUGCCAGUGUUUCGCCUCAACCCUGGCGCGCCACACUCUACACCUCCACCAGGUGAUGGCAACUUCCGCUCCUCACUCGACAGAAGAGAGAACGAUAUAUUUGUGAAUAAAAGUUGUAAGUUCGCCAAGAACACCUCCAGUAUGAACAGUCUCCAACAGUAUUCCCUACGAACUGUGAUGUACAUGUGGACGUUGCUGACAACGGCGACGUGGCGGAACGGGUUGACGGAGGCGCUAGGAGCCCCCCUUUUGGGUCCUGACAUUAUGAGCUUCGGGUCGCUGCCCCCCCUAACAGUAUGGCAGACGGAUUCCCUCCCCGUGGUACCCUCAGCCCCUGUGCAGUCUGGCCUCCCCGCGCCCAAGGGCACAGAAUUCGACGGUCCUGAUCCGGGCCUAAAUGCUGCCAUUAUUACUGUGCCAACGGAGCCGUGUGCGAGCGGGUACCGGCGGGACUCCAAUGGCGUGUGUCGCCUGGAGUUUGGCUAUGGACCAAACCCGUUCUUCUCCUUCACGCCUGAGAAUUUCAAGGGCGAUGUUCAGUUCUACAUGGGCCUUCAGAUUGGAGGUGGAUUUCCAUCAAGAAGACGAGGGCGUGGAAGAGGCCGUCCACGACCACCACUGUUCCAUAUGUCCUCUUUCCCUCCACAACCCAUCGAGGAUGAUGAUGAUUAACCACUGUCUACUGAAGAAAUAUACAGAUGGCCUAAUGGAUCGCUUAUAUUAGGUACUUCAUUGGUGCAGUGGUAUCUUUAAGUGUUUCCAUUAAAGAUAAAAAAAAAAGGUUACCAGCUCAGUAAAUGCUAAUCUAUAAUUCUAUAUACCAUAUGUCUUCUAACAGUGAAUACUAGCUUGUGAUGAAAUACAAAUCAAAUGUUUGUUACUAAAACAAUAUUAUAAUUGGUGAGAAAAAUAUACGAGUUCACAAAGUUUGCUAUACAAUAAUUUCUUGGCCAGAGGAUUGCUGAUUCCUGACAGCAUAUAGACUCCUUAGAAGCCUGUAUUCACUGCAUAUUAAGUAUUUAUACUACCUCAACAGUCUUAACUGUGAUGAGGAGAAACUUGUGGUGCACAGAGAAUAAAGUGGCAGAAAAAAAUAUAUACUCGUACAGUACUGUAGUGUAUUACUGUAUACUGUACUGUACUGUAUAUUGCUGAUGAAAGUAAAGUGCAAUACAUGGUGAUUGAGUAUGAGCACAAAUGAGUGAGGAAAGGGAUGCAAUCAUUCAUAUAAGAGUGUAUUUGAAUGAAAAACUAGUAAACUACAAUCAUGUGUGUACAUAGUAAUCAUCCACACAAACAAGACUGGUCAUUUGAUAUGGCCAUUUAUUUAUUUUUAACUAUUAAUGAACUCAAUUUGUGAAUUCCAUUUGUGAUGUUGAUAGAGGAAGAAUGUGCCUAUUUACAAUAAGCAUACAGUAUUUUAUUUCUGUAGGCAAUGAUAAAUAUGUUUUCCAUAUUAUGCAUAGCAUAAAAGUAGCUUGGUGUAUAACACUAAAGAAUUGACCAAACCAUUAGACUAAAAAAAAUUGCAUUAGAUGAACUUAAUAUUUAAGAUAAUUGUUGUGACAGAAUGACUUAAUUAACUUGGUGAGACAGGUACAGAUGUGACUGAAUAUGAAAUAACUAAGUAGUUUGGAGAAGAUUUAUUAGGAAAAUAUAAUGUUUUUUAAAGUAGUGUAGCUGUACCAUAAUUGUUUCUGGAUAUUGAGUUACAAAUAAUAGAAUAUUGGAAAUUUAUGGAUCAACAAAGUAGAAAUAACAUUUUUAAUCCUUUAAAAGAUCAUGAUGUUAAGGCCUAUCAUAUUGUGAGUAGCUUUUUAUCAACCUAGUUUUUCAAAUACUUUCAUCUUGCCUACAUAAUUUUUCUUACUUUAAUAAACUAUUUCCUUCAACCUGUAUAAAUGAUGCUACCAGAUUCUUCCUGAACAAUUUGGCUGGUUUUUUUUUACAUUUAAAUACUGUACUGGUAUUAAAAACCAGUAGCAUUAAAAAACUGGCAAAGAAAUCUUUAAGUCUAUUCAGCAGUAUCACUCAUGAAGGAGUUACAUUUGUUUGUGUUAUAAAUAAUACUGUGGAGGAGCAAUGACAAUAAAGAUGGGUUAAAAUACUAGGUACUGAUAAUUAUAAAAACAAAAAAUCAUGACGGUACAGUACUGUAAUAAUAAGCUGAAAUUAAUAUUAGUGUCAUCAUAUUUUGGAAGUUUAGUAAAGGUGCCAAAUGAAAAUUUUAUUUAGUCCAUCCAUUACCAGCUCCUUUUGUAUUUGUAGUUUCAAUACAGUAAAUAAAACAAACAUACAGUA